CCUCUCACUGUCGAAACAGCCAGUGUCCGGUGUAUCCGCAUGUGCGCGCCACUGACAUUUGACAGCUGAGAGUCCAUCGCAGCCAAGCACAAGCGAUCCUUUAGGAUCCUCCGCAGUUGUGAGUGUGAAUCAAGUGAGUGUACAUUGAAAUAAGUUCUCGGAGUUCGGAAGAACCGUCGAAAAUCCAGGAAAAAAGUGUUCCAUCCGCUAAUUCCACAAUCACUCUCACAAUCAAUCGAAACGGCUAUUCCGCCCUUAACGUCCCUUCAAUCCCCAUGCGAGCCCCAUAAAAAAAUCGUCAAGCAAAUAUCACGAGUGUUUUUGGCGAAUUUCGUCGCAGAGUUGGGAACGACUGAAGAAUUACCCCAAAUUCAGGAGUAAAAUCGUGUUUCAUCGAUUAAACCUCAAGAAUAAAAUAAAAAGACUGUGAAGGAGUGGGAAAAAGUGUUGAUUACCCCUAGAAAUGGACAAAGAAGAGGAUCAGAGGCAGUCCUCCCCCGUGUCGCCAAUAAAACGAGACUCAGACUCGAUGGACGACUUCGAGCACGUAGAGGACGUCGUCUGCAGGGAGAAGCCAUCACCGAGUGAGCCUCCCCAAUUGGUGGACGUGUCACGCGCCCCGACGAACCUCUUUGAUCGUGAGACAACUCUGACUCGCAAUCUCCUGGACACAACGGUCCAGGACGACAGCAAAGAGGGCAUUCUCAAGCCAGUGCCAGCGACGCCCCCUCCCUCAGCGGAUUUCGAGAAGUUCGGGGAUAAAAUGUCGUCUGAUCCCUUCGCCUCCGACCUCCAGGAUCACCUCGAGAGGUUCGACACCAAGCAAAUGACCUCGGAUUUCGUCGAGUCCGAGAGGAACCUCCAGGGGAGGUGCGAGGAGGAGGACAGAGAUUCACUGAACAGUGGAAACGACUUCUUCGGAAGAGGAUCUGACGACGACUCGAGUGCCAAGUCGAUGAUUGAGAGGGAGAGGGUCUUCCAGGAGGACAAGGAGAUGUCAGUGAAGGAGUCGGUGCUUCCUGCCCCGGAGAAACCGCCGGUCAUGGACUUCCUGGGUGAUGAGGGGAACUGGGGAGCUGGGGCUGCCCCGACUAAGCCUCUGCCACCGGUGCCAAGGGAUGAGGGAGUCAGUGGAAAUGAGACUGGGGAUUCCGAGUUUGAGAGUGAGCCGGAGCCUUCGCCGGCGAAGGGCGUCAGUGCACAAGGGGGAAGGGCUGUGGAGAAGAGGCAGGACCUCGAGGAAAUCGCACCCAGGAAGAUCUUUGCGGAUAUGGGGCUUGACGCAUGGUUUAACCCAGAAAGACUGAACCCAAAAGUUGCAGCAUUAAUAUACUGGCGUCAGCCGGAAAAAACAGGAGUUGUAUUCGGCGCGAUACUGGGUGUCCUUCUGUCGCUGGCCUACUUCAGUCUGAUCAGCGUAUUCUCUUAUGUUGCCCUGUUGACCCUCACAGGAACCCUGGGUUUCCGCAUCUACAAGACCAUAAUGCAGGCCGUCCAGAAAACAUCGGACGGACAUCCAUUCAAAGACAUUCUGGAGGUAGAUCUUACCCUACCCGCUGAAAAGGUGCACGAAGUCGCUGAUGUUUUCGUGGCACAUGCCAAUGCUGCAGUCUCUGAACUACGCAGACUUUUCCUCAUCGAGGACUUCAUUGACUCACUCAAAUUCGGAGUUGGACUCUGGUGCUUGACUUAUGUUGGAUCCUGGUUGAAUGGAAUGACACUUAUCAUUAUUGGAGUGGUAGCGCUCUUCACACUUCCCAAAGUCUAUGAAACGAAUAAAGCGCAGAUCGACCAGAAUCUUGCAUUAGUUCAGGGCAAGAUCAACGAACUCACUGCUAAGGUCAAAGCAGCAAUUCCUCUUGGUAAGAAGGCAGAGCCUACCAAGGAGGAGUAAAGUCCACCCUCAGAGCAAAAAAAAAAUAGAACAAAAAGAGCAAUGAUAAUGCAACUGAUGAAGACGUGAGAAAUCUCCUCCAUCGUGGGUCCUCCUUUUUUUACAAUUGACACCACAAAUUCCCAUGAAACGUCUGUCAUAAUGGACUCAGAAAAGUCAGUGCGAGGUGCCUUUUCACUCAUCUCAGCACACAGCAAAAGAAAAUAGAAAUUGUAUUAACGAGAAAGGAGCCCACCCCAUAGAAAACCUCUCGUCGUGUGAACAUAAACAAAAAAAAAACAUUUAAAAUAAAUGAGAAAGAAUGUUGAAUUAAGAGGUCUCUAGAUACUAAUUAAUUAAUCGUCCCGACGUUGGAUCAUUUCGCCCUGUAGAAGUGCAAUAACGUCGCUUCACUCUUCACCUUUUGUCUUAAAAAAAUGAAACAUAAAAAGGAGAAAAAAAUGAAAUCAUGAUUUUAUUGCAAUACCCCUUUGAUACCCCAUUUUUCCCCUUACUCCAUUAAAAAAAACAUUAGCAAUUUUAGUGUAUGAAAUAAUAGGAAGAGCAGUAGUAAAGUGAUGAAUACAAAAUAUUUUUAUUUUAUAAUUUUAUUUUCUGUAAUAAAUACAAAAUUAACAAAACCACAUGAAAAUUGUCCUUUACGUUUGAUUAGCUGUUAUCCCCAUUACAGGUGGUUUUAUCAAAAAAUGUCGCAAGAUCUUUUUUGCAAUUAAUUCUCUAGGACAAAAUGUCUGAUGGCAUUUUUCUGUAAAGCCACUUGCCAUUGGGAUAAAUCGACAUUUCAGAAAAUGCGUUAAGAAAAUGUUUGUUCACGCCUUCAGUGCUAUUAAUUUUGUUUAAAAAUUAAAAUUCAGUUGCCUUGGGUCUUAUCACUUCGUUACUGCAAUCAUAAUGAUAAAAUGUUGGAUAAGAAUUAAAUUUAGUCACCCAGCUCUGCAUUAUCACCCCUUUAUCACCGAGUUCUAGAAAGAAAUCCAAUGAACAGUUGAAAAAAAAUUGUAAUCAGAUGUCACGUUUCUUUUUUUCUAUAAAAUCAAUUAAUAAUUAAAUAAAAGCUGAAGUAAGCUCUGCCAAUUAUUGUUGUGAGUGUACGCAUUGAGGAGGAACUUGAAAGUUUAAUUAAUUAUCUUGAGUAAUUAUGAGAAAGAGUGAGGCUUUUGGGCAUGUGUGUUAAGGCUUUCAGAUGGCGAUGAUAAGCUUGAGAUAUUAUUUCUUUCUUACUAUUGUUAGGAUUUUUCAAUAAAAUACAGAAUUAUCUGAUUAAACGUAACAGCAUCCCUUCGUGUUUUUCCGUUGAUUAAUAUAAAUAAUUAUUACGAAGAAAAUAAUGACUAUUACAAAACAAUAUUGCAAAAAGAACAUGUGAAGUAAUUAAAAAAAAUAUCAUAACUGUCAUUCUCUUACUGUAAUUACGAUACAUACAAAAGAAUAAUGAUAAUUAAUUUCUAAUUAAUUAAUAGUAGGAUAUGAGAGGAGAAUUCAGCGGAUCAUUGACAAAUUUUUUGAGGAAUUUUGGAUAAUUCAGUGUGAAAUUAUGCUUACGCAUAAUUAACGAAUAUUAUUAUUAUUAUCUCGAUGAAAAUAAAUUCUAUCUAAACUUGUUUUUAUGGGGGAGAAUCAUGAGACGUAAAAAUUAUAUAAAGAUAUGAAAUUGUAAUAAUAUUGAUAUGCGUAAUGCUUCUUGACGUUUUUCAUUAUUGCAUCGGCAUUCGCACGAUUUUAUUUAUAAAUAAAUGAUAUUAAAUACCA